GUGGCAGUAGAAUUAUAAAAUAGACGUUGACGCCCGACUUCUUCAGCAAAGACAGACACUCUUCUUCUCCGUCUGUCUCUUCCCUUGAUCGAUUUACGUUUUCGUCCAUUUUUGUCUCUUUGGCAAUGUCCGUGUGCUACGUGUAAUUGCCAAAAAAGGAAAUCUAAGUACAAUUUCCAGUCCUGCAGACGGAUGGCAGCAUCUUUCGAAGGUUAAUUGGGAGGCGAUUCUGUGUGGAUUUGCGGGCGGGGAAAAGAGAUGGCCUCCUCUAGCUUUGGAUUGGUGCGAAUUCGCCAUGAUUUAUGCUAAUGGCGUGCAAUAAUUUGGGGAUUUUUAGGAUUUGGUACUGUUGAAGCUUGGAGAGGGUUUUAGAGUUUUGGUUCUGUUUAGGAGUGUUCUUUAGAUUGAUCAAUUGGUUUGUGUUUUUCAUUUUGAGAAAACAUAGUGUAAUUCAGUUGAAGAUUUCCGUGAACUGGAAAUGGUUGCCAGGAGGGGUGCUGCAUCACCCUUCUUGUUGGUAUUGUUGGCUUUUAUUUUCUUCCUCGGGACGUAUAAUUUGGUGACUUUGGUGAUAAACAAGGCUAGUAGUGGUGGUAUAGGGGAUUUGAAUGAACCGAUUAUUAGUAGGCGUGAGCUUGGUCGAGGGGGUGGUCCAAAAUAUCAUGUUGUGUUGACAGCCACAGAUGCAACUUAUAGCAAAUGGCAAUGUCGGGUUAUGUACUAUUGGUACAAGAAAAUGAAAGAUGUGCCGGGGUCAGAUAUGGGAGGGUUUACAAGGGUUUUGCAUUCAGGAAAUGCUGAUAAUUUGAUGGAGGAGAUCCCUACUAUGGUUGUGGAUCCUCUUCCACAAGGGCUUGAUCGGGGAUAUGUUGUUUUAAAUAGGCCUUGGGCAUUUGUGCAGUGGUUGGAGAAAGCUACAAUUGAGGAAGAAUACAUACUUAUGGCUGAGCCUGAUCACAUCUUUGUUAAUCCAUUGCCGAAUUUGGCUCAAGGAGAUCAUCCGGCUGCAUUCCCGUUUUUUUACAUCAAGCCAUCUGAUAAUGAGAAAAUCGUAAGGAAAUACUAUCCUGAAGAGAAAGGUCCUGUGACCAAUAUCGAUCCAAUUGGAAACUCUCCUGUAAUUAUCAAGAAGUCAAUUAUGGAGAAAAUUGCACCUACAUGGAUGAACGUGUCCUUACAGAUGAAACAUGAUCCAGAGACUGACAAGGCGUUUGGCUGGGUUCUAGAAAUGUACGGUUAUGCAAUUGCAUCUGCAUUGCAUGGAGUACGGCACAUUCUUCGCAAGGAUUUCAUGCUUCAGCCUCCAUGGGAUACAGAAGUCGGCAAGAAAUUUAUCCUUCAUUAUACCUAUGGAUGCGAUUACACCAUGAAGGGAAAGUUAACUUACGGUGAAGUCGGAGAAUGGAGAUUCGACAAGAGAUCCUAUCUUGGUGGCCCUCCCCCAAGAGAUAUACCAUUACCUCCUCCAGGUGUUCCUGAAAGUGUGGUGAGGCUUGUCAAAGCCGUGAAUGAGGCAAGCGCAAACAUCCCCGGUUGGGACACAUUGUAGAUACCAUAUGCAUACACUCACCCGUAGCUUUUGAUCUUUUGCGAACCAAGCUUUGAUGUGCGCCACUUUUGUUUAGAAACUCAUUGUUUUAUACUCAGUAAGGUUUAAUUAUAUACAAAACUUAUGAUGAAACAAAUACAGGGUAGAAAAUAUAUAUAUAUAUCCCUUUCUGUUGUUGUCGUAAGCUCCAUUUGAGAACCUCUUAACAUAUGGAGAACAACAAUUUUUUGUGCUAAUAUGUUCCUGUAUUGAUUCGACUCUUGUUGGUUGUAAUUUUGUUCUGAAGGCAUUGAAAUGUUGAAAAACACACUGAAUUCAUUUUAUCUGCAGUA